UGGUUAGUUCAUAUUUACACUUUUAGCGAGCAGACGAAGAGUUUGCUUUUAGUUUGGCAUUGGCGAAAGCUCUUACCCACCACGACUCCCCUCUAUCCGGUUCUUCUUAAUACCCGGCUUCCUCCUUCCUGCUAAAAAACUAGUAGUUGGUGUUUCUACUCGGAAACUCGGAUACAGAAACCAACCAGAAAUAUCCUCCAAUAUCAACAAACCAGUCUCCAGAACUUUAGGCAACUUCGAGUUAACAUCGACAGAUCAAGUCUAAAAGUGUUUUUUGAUUUGUCUGAAUUUUUAGCAGCAAACUACUUUCAACUCAAGUAUUUACUUAAGAGUUUCGUACAUACAUAUUCUCUGUUGCCGGAGGAUUGACACUCCUCAGAGUGAAAUAGACUUACUCCUGUGUCACCAACAUCCACGGAAACUUGUGGGCGUAUAGCAGAGUGGCCGCAAGAAAAACCAUACCUAAGCCUUCAACACGAUUAAGGGGGCUUACACAAAGACUUAAGGUGUAGAUUCGUCGAUUGUUUGAGAGCCAAAUGUUGAAGAUGCCACACACGGGGAAGUUGAGCAUCAGCAAGGCGUCUGGAGCGGAGAUGAACGAUGGGAACAGCCGUUUUCAGGUAAAUCGGGUAGGGACGCUAGAAUCGGAGGACACGCUGUCACCCCCACCGGAGGCCACGUCCCCUCACGAUGGGCUGUCCCCCAACCAGUACACCUACGUCUACGACACCCGCUACCACAAGAGCUUGGGACAACUGACGCGUGAAGCCUUGCCAGCCCUUGACAAUUACAGAGACCUUUUGAGCGUUCAUGCCGCCCCCAGGCCCACGCUGGACGAACUCCAUAAUGCUACUUACACUGAGAAGACAAAAGCAAUGGACGAAGAAACUGGAGAAGUUUUGAAAGGCAAGGUCAUCAAAUUUGGCUGGUUGGAAGGCGUGCUCAUGCGAUGCAUGCUCAACAUUUGGGGGGUUAUGCUGUUCCUGCGACUGUCAUGGUGCGUUGGGCAGGCAGGGAUUUUGGAAGGAUUCUUGUUAAUUUCACUCGCUAAUUUGGUCACGUUUAUAACUGCAUUUUCGAUGUCCGCUGUUUCAACGAAUGGACAAAUCAAAGGAGGAGGUAUCUACUACAUGAUUUCGCGGAGUUUAGGUCCAGAAUUCGGAGCAGCUAUUGGUCUUAUGUUCACCAUUGCAAAUUCUAUUGCUGUGUCGUUGUACAUUGUCGGAUUCUGCGAAUCACUUAACGACUUGCUGAAAGCAAAUAAUUGGGGACAACUGAUCGACGGUGGAUCCAACGAUAUUCGGGUCAUAGGCGUGGGCGUGCUCGUCGCAAUCUUGGUACUGGCUUUUGUCGGAAUGGACUGGGUCACCAGAACACAAAUGUUUCUUUUGGUCGUACUGAUUGCCGCCCAGGUCAAUUUUAUAAUUGGAAGUUUUAUUGGGCCAGUAGAUGACCUAGAAAAAGCCAAAGGUUUUCCCGGAUAUAAUGCUGAGACUUUCGUCACAAACUUUUGGUCCGAUUAUAGAACGGCAUACGGAGAGGAUACCACAAAACAAGAUUUUUGGACGGUGUUUGGCGUCUUUUUUCCUGCUGUAACUGGCAUCGUUGCUGGUGCCAAUUUAUCCGGUGAUCUUAAAGACCCAGCCAGCGCGAUUCCCAAAGGGACGCUGCUAGCCAUCACGAUCACGUACCUGUCCUACAUUGGAUAUGCCGUCAUGAUGGGAGGAUGUGCCAUGCGAGAGGCGAGUGGAAACCUGACAGAGUACAAUUUGACCGUGUACAGUGAGAUGACCGUGCUGCAGGACGAGACCUUCAUUGCGUAUGAUAACUGCACGAACCGAGAUUGCGAAUAUGGGCUUUACAACAGUGCCCAGGUCAUGGAAUUGAUCUCAUCUUUUGGAGGACUGAUCUACGCCGGUUGUUUUGCGGCAACGUUGUCCUCAGCUAUUGCCAGUUUAGUGGGAGCCCCUCGGGUGUUCCAGGCCCUGUGCAAGGAUAAGCUGUAUCCCGUCAUUCACUUUUUUGCUAAGGGAUAUGGAGCAAACAAUGACCCGGUCCGUGGAUACUGUCUUGUGUUUGUGAUUUCAUUGGGAUGUCUGCUUAUUGCUGAACUGAAUGCAAUUGCCCCACUGCUCUCCAACUUUUUCCUUAUGGCAUAUACGCUAAUCAAUUUCUCAGUGUUCCAUGCAUCAAUUAGUCACAGUCCUGGGUGGAGACCAGCUUUCAAAUAUUAUAAUGCCUGGGUCAGUCUGCUCGGAUGCGUUCUGUGUAUUGCUGUAAUGUUUCUUUUGAACUGGCCCACGGCUUUGGCCACAGUUGCCUGCGUAUUGAGCCUUUACCUUUACGUAUCGUAUCGUAAACCGGAGGUCAACUGGGGCUCUUCCACUCAAGCACAGAGCUUUAAUUCUGCCCUCAAGUCAAUCCAAGAUCUAAAUUAUGUAGAAGAACACGUCAAAAAUUACAGACCACAAAUUCUCGUGAUGACUGGAAUGCCAGGAAACCGACCCCCGCUGAUUGAUUUUGCUUAUUUGAUAGUAAAAAAUUUGUCCUUAAUGGUUUGUGGACACGUUGUGAAGGGACACUAUAGCCAAAAAGUGAAGGCAGCUUUGGCACGGCAAGCGUACAGUUGGUUGUUGAGACAUAAGAAAAAGGGAUUUUACACAUUGGUAGAAGAUGAGAGUUUCGAACAUGGUGCCAAAUCCAUCAUGCAAAUCUGUGGACUUGGAAAAUUACGACCCAAUAUGGUGCUCAUGGGAUAUAAAGCAGACUGGGUGAAAGGCAAUCGCCAAGAUUUGAAGGAAUAUUUUAACGUCAUUCAUGAGGCAUUGGACAUGCACUUGGCAGUUGGUAUCCUCCGAGCUCCCGAAGGUCUUGAUUAUUCUAAUGUCAUCGAAGAAGAGGGUCAACUCACACCACAACAACUGCAAGAAAUAAAGAAGGAGAAGGAAAUUCCUAGAAAUCAAUCCGAGAGCCAAUUGUCACAAGAUGGGACAAGCAGUGAAAGCAGCAGUCCUCCCGGGUCUCCGAAAGUGGAGCGGAAAACGCUUCCAGACCAAGUCGUCAACAAUCAACUUGUCGGCUUCAGUUCCAAUAAAAAGUCGAGGAAGCACUCCUUGAGUGCGAUGUACAAAGGGCCAGGAGGAGCCAUUCUCCCACGUCAUGUCCUCUCCAACAUCACUCAAUUUCAACGGAAGCAAAAGAAAGGGACGAUUGAUGUUUGGUGGUUGUAUGACGACGGUGGUCUCAGUAUUCUUCUCCCAUACCUUCUGACGACGAGAAAGCAAUAUGCGGGCUGCACGUUAAGGAUAUUCAGUCUCACCAGCAGAAAGGACGAGUUGGGGAGAGAACAGAGGAACAUGGCUGCCCUGUUGUCCAAAUUUCGAAUUGACUACAGUGACGUCAUCGUCAUUCCAGACAUUACCAAAAAGGCAGAGGACAAGACCAAGAGGGAAUUUGAGUCCGUCAUUGCAGAAUUCAAAUCCGACGACAAUCAAGACGGAACUUCCAUUACCGAGUCGGAACUAAUGAGCCACAGAGAAAAGACCAACAGACAUUUGAGGCUGAGAGAGUUACUUCAAUUGCACUCCAAAGAUUCCACCUUUGUCGUCAUGACACUGCCCAUGCCACGGAAGGGCACCGUGUCAGCCCCGUUGUACAUGGCGUGGCUGGAAAUGCUAACAAGGGACAUGCCUCCAUUCCUCCUCCUUCGUGGAAACCAAACCUCGGUCCUUACCUUCUACUCUUGAAACAGCUCCAGAGUAAUUCUAGCUUACAAAUCUUUGAUUAGAACCAUUCUUUAGUUUAAUUAGUAAUUAAACCAAAAUAUCAGUGUUUUUACUAGGACAUACAUAUUGUUGUUGAGUGCAUGAGAGUACUCUGGGCUGAGGACAAAUUACUCCAACUUCUAAUUUUCAUUUGUUUUAGCAUUUAAUUUAAAUAACUUUCUACAUGUUGUACAUACUUAUUUACUUUUCAUUAAAAAAACUAGAUUUUUAUCAUGUACAAAAAAUAUGUAUGAGGGAUGGACCAGAAGGUGAUAAAUCAAGAACCAAACAAAAAUUUCAGUAUUGAAAACACAAACAUAUCUUUAAACGGUAACAGCAGCGUUGUGGGUUGUAUGACAAUAUUUAAUAAACAAAACUUAAUUAAUAUAGUUGCGGUACACAUUUACUACUAAUAAAUACUACAUAAUUGGGCUAAAUAUAGUCCUUCGCUUGAUACAGCUCAAUUAUAGAUUGUAACAUCAGCAACACAUAAAUUCAAUAAUAUUUUCUUUACCUUUUGAAAUUAUUUAGUUUGAGAUUGUAAAAUGAGGGAUUAUGGGACAAAGUAAUAAAUCUUGUUGAAGAAUUUUACCUUUA